CUCCUCCCCCGCGUCCUAACCAACCAAACCCUCAUCCUCCUCCCAACAAUGCUCCUCACCCAAUUCACCUCCCUCUGCUUCACCCCGGACCCACCCCACCUCUCCCGCACCCGCUUCCUCCUCUCCCUCCUAGCCAUGGCAACCGGCCACGACAUCGUCCAGUACCUCACCCACCGGUAUCUGCUACACAGUCCGCGCAUUCCGCUCAUCCGCGCCCUAAAGCACGCUAUCCACCACUCGACGGGCGCGAGUCGCGGUCUCAGCGCGUGCUACAUGUCUGGACCGGACUUCUUUCUCGAGAUCGUCUUGCCUUACCUGGUACCCCUGGCUGCUAUCGGCGGCGGGGGCGCAGACCCAUGCUUUCAUUAUCUGGUGGCUGCGUUGGGCGCUAUCGGCGGUGUCUACGAGCACUCGGGGUAUGAUUUUGCUUUACUCAUUUCUUCCCCUCCUCCUCCUCCUCCUUCUUCUGUAUCAUCAACGCAAACAUCACCACCAGAAGAGGGAAAAGAAUCACCACCCGACGAGAAAGAAAAACACAACAUCUGGUCCACACUAGCAGACACCCUGCUCAACAACCGCGCGCACGGCGAGCACCACGCGCGCACGAACGUGUCCUUCUCAGACGGCUUCGGCAGUCCAGGCGUGUGUGACUCGCUGUUUGGCACGCGGUGGGAUCUGGUGCCGAGGCGGCGGGGGGAGGGUCGGGGGACGGAGUGGGCGUUGGCGGAGAAGGAGUGGAGGGUUCAGAGGGAGAGGUUGGUUGAUAGUAGGUAG